GAAUAGACGCUGAUAUCUGUGUUUUGAGCUCUCAACGAAUUCCCCUCUUGCAGUUCCCAUUGAUUUUCUUUCCUCUGCGAAAUCCGGCGGAAAAAUGAGCGGUACCGUCAAGAAAGUGACCGAUGUUGCCUUCAAAGCAUCCAAGAACAUCGAUUGGGAUGGCAUGGCCAAGCUUUUGGUCUCCGAUGAGGCUCGCAAGGAGUUCUCAUCCCUUCGCCGAGCCUUCGAGGAGGUUAACUCAUCUCUCCAGACCAAGUUCAGCCAGGAACCAGAGCCCAUAGACUGGGAAUAUUACAGAAAGGGAAUUGGAUCCCGCUUGGUGGACAUGUACAAAGAGGCUUAUGACAGCAUUGAGGUCCCCAAAUUUGUAGACACAGUGACUCCGCAGUACAAACCUAAAUUUGAUGCGUUGCUGGUAGAAUUGAAGGAAGCUGAAGUGAAAUCCCUGAAGGAGUCUGAGCGGUUGGAGAAGGAGAUUGUUGAAGUUCAAGAAAUGAAGAAAAAGAUCAGCACCAUGACUGCUGACGAGUACUUCGAGAAGCAUCCUGAGCUGAGGAAGAAAUUCGACGAUGAAAUCCGAAACGACUACUGGGGCUAUUGACCGCAAAUUACUGGUUGAAGCGCCAAAGUUUCACAAUUUAAUUUCGUAAAUCUUCCGGGUCUUGUUUUGCUGCAGCUGUUUGGUCAGUAAUAAAACAAACAAGAUAGUUCUCCUCCAAUUUGGGUGCAUUUGCUUUCCAAAUCACGUUGACAAAAUUGAUUAGAAAGACUGAGAUUUUCCUUGAGAUGAUGUUGUGAGAGUUCCAAAUCACUCGUGGUACAUUAUCAUAGCAAAUGCAUUUUUUUAUAAUGAGAUUAUUGUGUUAUUUCAGCAA